UCCAUAUUCCGGGUUCUUCGGGUUUAGUUCAGACACAUGUGACUGUUUGACCUCAGGCAAACACAUGAAUGAACUGAUUCCCAGACCUUGUCCCCGCCCCCUUUGUCCUUAAAAGGAACAUCCGAUCAGUUAAAGAGCCGUUCAAUCAACUUCCUCGUCUCAUAGAUUUAUAGUAGAAGGGGCGGGGACAUAUGCAAAUUAUCUGGCGCCACCGUCCAAUAGCUGCCCGGGAGUCCUGUCAAGGGGGCGUGUCCACAGCGCCGAGGAUAAAGAUCACAAUCCCCAUUGUUAAGGCGAUUUAAAGGGGCCGCAGGACGGGGGCAGGCGGAAGAGAGAGGCCGGGCCGAGGGAUACACAGCCGGCCGCACCCCGUGGGAAAGUCCGGGGAUCGCCCAGAGGACAGGCCUGCUAUCUGCUGGAUAUCGGGGGGGACAGAGCUGUGGAGGACGUACAGGGAGGCGGUGAGCCCGGGGGGACCACAAGAGAGGAACAUGGAGCCCCCAGCCUCCAAGAGGAGGUGCCCCGGCCUCACUCCCCGCUACAAGCCGGACUCCUUACUGGACCUCAGCGCCAAGAGAGUGGCCGAGACCUGGGCCUUCGAGCAGGUAGAAGAACGGUUUUCCCGCGUCCCAGAGCCGGUCCAGAAGCGUAUAGUAUUCUGGUCCUUCCCGCGCAGCGAGAAGGAGAUCUGUAUGUAUUCCUCCCUAGGCUAUCACCCUCCGGAAGGCGAGAGAGACUCCAGGGUCCCCUUUAACCGGGGGCUUCAGCUGCUGCAGUCGGGGGCCGUGCAGAGAGUACUACAAGUCGGCUUUCACCUCAGCGGAUCAGUCACAGAACCAGGAGAGCCCGAGAGAACCUACCAAGUGUCCAUUAGUUUCGACCGGUGCAAGAUCACGUCUGUCAGCUGUGGCUGCGAGAACAGAGACAUUUUCUACUGUGCUCACGUGGUGGCGCUGUCCCUGCAUCGCAUCCGGCGGGCACGGACCGUGGAGCUGCGGCUGCCCAUCUCUGAGACCCUUUCCCAAAUGAACCGGGAUCAGUUGCAGAAAUUUGUCCAGUAUCUGAUCAGCGAGCAUCACACAGAAGUGCUGCCCACAGCCCAGCGACUGGCGGAUGAGAUCCUGCAGCUGGGGUCAGAGAUCAACAGGGUUCAUGGAGCCCCAGACCCCACGGCUGGUGCAGGGCGCGAGGAUGACAACUGUUGGCAUCUGGAUGAGGAGCAGAUUCAGGAGCAAGUGAAGCAGCUUCUGUCUAAUGGUGGAUACUAUGGAGCGAGCAAGCAGCUGCAGUCUAUGUUCAGCAAGGUGCGGGAAAUGCUGCGGAUGCGAGACUCCAAUGGUGCCCGGAUGCUUAUCCUGAUGACUGAGCAGUUCUUGGAGGACCCCAGGUUGGCUCUUUGGCGCCAACAGGGAGCCGGAAUGACUGAUAAAUGUCGUCAGCUUUGGGAUGAGUUGGGUGCCCUUUGGGUGUGUGUGGUGCUCAGUCCUCACUGCCGUACAGAAGAAAGGGAGUCAUGGCUGGACCUGCUACGAAGGUGGAACGCCAUGGACAUCUGUCCCCUGGAGGAAGGAAACUAUUCUUUGGAUGGUCCAGGGGCACAAAUUCUGCCCCAGAGCUCUGGUGGAGGCCAAGUCAUUGCUCCCCGUCAGACGGUUUUCGCCAGGGCCCUUAAGGCAGGAGAACUGCGUUGGAAUGACCCCCACUUACAACGGGUCCUAAAUGGAGAUACCAGUGCUCCAGGAACAAGUGUAAAGUGCAACACUGACAAGUUGUCCUAUGACCCCCAAGGCCGCCCGCUCUGGCUUGGAGACCACUUUCCAGUAGCAUGUGCCCGUGUUGAUGCCCUGAGAUCACACGGGUAUCCGGUCCAAGCUCUGAGGCUAGCAGUCUCUGUGGUUAACACCAUGAGGCUGCAACGCCAACACCAGAUGGAGGGAUUGAAGCAGCAGAGGAAAGAACUUCAGAUGAAGGGCAGUACGACUCUCACUAAUCUGGAGGGAUGGAUUGGCCAUCCGCUGGAUCCCAUUGGUUGUCUGUGUAGGACGUUCUUGGAGGCGAGUCUGCCGGAGGAUGAAGGACCACCUCCUUACCUAGAGCUUGGUGGAGAGCAGAGGAAAGUAAUGUACCAGCACGUCCCUGUACCUGGAGGUUUCCCCUCAGGAGAAUCCCUUCUCUGUCUGGCGCUGGAAGUGGCUCUCAUGGGCCUAGGACAGCAGCGAGCAAUGCCUGAAGGCCUCUAUGCCCAAGACAAACUAGUGAGAAGUGAAGAGCAGAUCAUUGGCCUUCUGGGAACGCUGGACAUGGGGGAGAGGCUUGUGCAGGUGCUGAGGAAGCAGGCCAUGUUACUCUUAGAAGGUGGUCCAUUUAGCGGAUUUGGAGAAGUAAUCUACCGGGAGAGUGUCCCCAUGCACACGUUUGCACGCUUCCUGUUCACAGCUUUACUUCCACACGAUUCGGACCUGGCAUACCGUGUUGCCCUGAGAGCCAUGCGGCUCCCGGUUCUUGAAUCGGUCAUCCCUCCACAUGGAUCUGACAUCAUGCCUCUGGACUCUAUGCUGACCAGCCGCUUCCCUCGCUGGUUUAUUUUGGGGCACCUGGAGACUCGACAGUGUGAACUGGCAUCUGCCAUGUUGACGACAGCUAAAGGAGACCCUAAGUGGCUACACACAGUCCUGGCUUCCAUUCAGCAACAUAUCCACUCCCCAGCUCUGCUAUUCAAGCUUGCCCAGGACGCCUGCAAGACUGCGACUCCCCCCAACUCUCCACCUGAUACCACGCUGCUAAACAUUUCUCUUGAGCUAGGGUUGCAGGUGAUGAGAAUGACCUUGACCACCCUGACAUGGCGAAGGCGGGAGAUGGUGCGCUGGCUGGUAUCAUGUGCCACAGAGAUUGGCGCACAAGCCCUAAUCAGCGUUAUGCAGAACUGGUACACCCUCUUCACCCCUAUUGAAGCGACCAGCAUUGUUGCAGUUUCUUGCACCUCUCCUGCCACCCUCCUGCGUUUCAGCCAGGACCCCAGACAACGGGAAGAGCUUUGCUCCUGUGCGCGGACCUUGGCCUUGCAGUGUGCUAUGAAGGACCCUCAAAGCUGUGCCCUACCGGCCCUGACUCUAUGUGAGAAGGACCACACCUCUUUUGAAGCUGCUUACCAGAUUGUUUUGGACAGUGCCAGCUCUGGCCCUGGCGCACAUUCCCACCUCUUCACAGUCGCCCGCUACAUGGAGCACCGUGGUCUACCAAUGAGGGCCUUUACCUUAGCCACAUUAGCCCUAUCUAACCUGACAAUAGGUUUCAGCCAAGACUCCCACCCUGCUGUCAGUGAUGUCCUAUGGUCUUGCUCCCUGGCACACUCUUUGGGCAAAGUUGAGCUGAGCACUGUGGUACCCCUGGUUAUUAAAAGUGUGCAGUGUGCCCCUGUCCUGUCCGAUAUUAUACGCCGCUGUAGCCUUGCACCCCCUGGCCUGGCACAGGCCCUCUCCGCUGCUAACAACCCGAGAGGCAGGGGGGCAGUGCCACGUGCUGACAAGCCUCCCCUCUGCCAGCUUCUGGAAGCCGCAGUUGGUGCCUAUAUCAGCACUACCCACUCCCGCCUCACUCACAUCAGUCCGCGGCAUUAUGGCGAGUUCAUAGAAUUUCUUGUAAAAGCUCGGGACACUUUCCUGCUUGCCCCAGAUGGCCAUCGCCAGUUUGCCCAGUUCUUGGAUAACCUGAAACAAACUUACAAAGGGAAAAAGAAACUGAUGCUACUAGUGCGAGAACGAUUUGGAUGAAUAAUAGACUAUAGGCGAUGACGCUAAAUGAUUUUUACUUUCCCUUAUUUAGGGAACCACAACCCCCUAAAGAGGGGAUGGAGCGUAUGACUCUCCACACUACGGUUAUAUCGUACUGUUGGCGGAGGAACUCUGUAGUGAAGGAUACGUUGAUAAAUUAUUCCUUUUUUUUUUUUUUCUCCACAGAAUUCCCAGUGGAAUUGAACAUUUUUUUUUUUUUUUUUUUUUGUGUGUGUUAUAAUAAUUUUUAUAUUUAUUUAUAAUUUCCGAAGCCCUCUCCCUCGCCACGGACUGCACCAUAACCCGUUACAUGGAGGGCUCACAGUAUAAAGAUGGACUAUGAGUUGCCCCUCGGACUCGACUGCAAGAGACGGAAGAUUCUGGUAUCGCCGAGCGAGGGUUCUAAAGGCGGGAAGAUUUAUCUGCAAAAAGCAGAGUUUAUAUAUUUAUUUCUGAAGGAUUUUCUGUAUUAACUUAUUAAUAUAUUUUUUUUGUAUUAGGGUUAAAACUAAAAAACAAACAAAAAAAAAAUCUGAAAAUAUAUUGUAAUUUAGCAACCCUCUUAUUGAGGCCGGUUUCACACUAACGUAAUAUGGCGGCAUUGUUGUAGCUAUAUUACGGUCACAAGUCACUGUCUCGUGAACUGAAAGAGUUUUAUAGGUUUCUAGACCCUGUGGUUGGGCCAGGCCUUGUGGCUGUAAUACCGAUGCAAAAUUUCGACUGUAGUACGCUUGUCUGAAAUUUAUCUAAGAUGUGAAGCGCCUCUUUUUCGCCCUUUGACCCGGUAACCAUAUUUACUGUAGCAAAGCUUUGUAACAGGCCCGAAACAGUAUUAUUCCAGCCUGUGCUUAUGGCGGCCAUUUUGAAACUAUGAAUCCAUUUUGAACUGCUGACCAAAUUGUUAAUAGGAAAUAAGUUACACCUGAUGCCUAUGUGAAGGCAGCCAUUUUGGGCCCAAUCCUAAAAUAUAUACAGUGGAAAGUCUAGUCAGUGAAUCUGCUGAAUUUUUUAGGUUGUGGUUGACUGAUCUUGGCAGACAUUUGCAAUGUUUAUGGUUAAAAUCUAUGUACAGAUAGUAGUCUGGGAAUAGCUAUAACAUGGUACAAAAUGUGUUUUAGGUGAAUGCUAUUAUGAGAAUAGCAGCCAUUUUGUGGCUUUUUAGAAAAAAAAAAAAAAAAAUGGCUGCCUCUACUCUCUGUAGGCUAUGUGGUGCACUUUAUUUUCUGUCACCAUUCCAUAUGUCUUAUUUUACUUUACAAAAGCCCCUAUAGACCAAAAACCUAACUAAAGGUUAUUUAAUGGCGGCCAUUUUGUUUUGCAUAAUGGAUACGACUGUAUAUGUAUUUACUUAUUACUGGACAAAGCCGCCAUGAUGAGACUGUAGGUCUUAGAGGAGCAUAGGCCUUGUUGUCCAUGGCAACCAAUCUAAAUGCAGCUUUCAGUGACCUUUAGAAAAUGAAAGCUGAGCUCUGGUUGCUAUGGACGGCUGGUUGCUAUGUGCUUUGAGGCCUGCAUGAGAGCUGGGAGAGGGGGGGGGUCCUAUUGCAUAAUACCUCACGCCUCCCAAAAAAACAAUGAAGUAGUAAUAAAUCGUACACUGAAUCUAUAACUCAGGAAGACGUUACAAGCUGUUCACCUGGCACGUGGACCCGCAAUGUCCCCCCUCCCCCACUUCCUAUAUUAUGGAUGUAGAACGCUCCCUUUCCAACCCCCAUAUAGCGCUAUAUGUGCGUCUCAAAUGAAGGUUUGAACUUGUAAAAUAUGAAAGGCGCUCGCUCACUCGUGAAUAUAUUUUGCUGAGGAUAUGGAGCUGGGCUGUACAAAAAAAAAAAAAAAAAAAAAAAAAAAAAAAUUAUAAACAUAUAUAUAUAAUAUAUAUAUAAAAAUAUAAAUUGAUCUGUCUGUUUUAUUUAUUGACGCACCUGUCACAUUUG